AAAUUUCCUAAAAACCUCAUCACAGAGGAACGCGUUCAACAAAGAAGGCUGACCAAAUGUUUGUGUUUGCUCACUCCUUCUGACUGUACAGAGAGCUACAAGAGCCGCUCAAUUUAAUGGCCCAAUGAAAGAAGCUGAAGGACCAGAAUGAACCAGAAAGGUUGCCUCUGCACAAAGAACAAAAAGAAAGUAUCCCUCCUCCUAGUGCUCUUUGCAUCUGUCAUCCUUCUGCUCACUUAUACACAGAGCUUUGACUUCAGAUUGCACCAUUGGUACAAAACAGCUACAGUUUACUUCAUGCGAACAGCUUUUGAGUUAACAACUACAACGUCACCACCAAAGACAGCUAAGCCCACCACCAUGUCCACAACACAGUCUAAACCUGAGCUCCAGAGAUGCAGUUACAAAUAUUUAUCUCCUGCAAAUGCAGAACAAGGACGCAAACUUUUGGACUCUAUAACCUGGCCUGAAACUCUGCACCUGCCCAAACCCUUUUCACAGAAUUUGACGACUAGUGCCUCUAAAAGUAUGUUCACUAUUGUACCUCAAAGGAAAGGCUGGCAUCUGGGGGACAAGCUGACAGUUAGGAUUCAAAUGAAGGAUUUUUAUGGAAACCCAAAGAGGAGCGGAGGGGACUUUGUUAUCGCCAAGCUCCAGAACCGGCAGCUAGGGGCAGCUGUAGUGGGACAGGUGCAGGAUCACUUCAACGGGACAUUUACUGCUGUGUUUCCUCUGCUGUGGAAUGGGACUGCGUCUGUAGAGGUGAUGCUGGUGCAUACUAGUGAGUCCAUCACUGUCUUAAAGCGCCUGACAGAGGAGGAGCCUGACAGGAUCACCUUUGGCAGUGACUUCAAGUCUGGAUCAGUCAAACACGUGAGCGUAUGCAACGUGUGUCUGGAUCCAAAUAAAGCUCCACUGUGUAAUUAUACUGACCUCAACACUGGAGAGCAAUGGUUCUGCUACAAACCGAAAACACUAGGCUGUGAUACUCGCAUCAGCCACUUCAAAUACGGUUACAGCCAGAAAAUCAGCAAGGACGAAGAAGCUCUCUUCCAAAAGGGAAUCAACUUGAAUGCCCCUAUUAUGGCCACAGGAAAUGACACUAUCAUGAUUUUGCCAAAAGCAGGUGAGCCAAAUGUGGGGAGUCCAGGAUCUUCUGGAUAUUAUUUUAACAACCAAUGGCGAUCACUACGUGGCCCUGCAGUACGUCAGUUCAACAAUGCCUCAGUCAUUACUGCCUGUCUCAAGGGGAAACAGUUACAUCUGUUUGGAGACUCCACCAUCAGACAGUACUACCUCUACAUCACAAAAACAGUACCAAACCUACAGACGUUUGACAAGCACAGUUCACCUCAAAGUGGCCCGUUCUUGGCUGUCGACUACAUCAACGACAUUGUGAUGACAUUCCGCUGCCAUGGGCCUCCCCUCCGCUUUGGAUAUGUCCCUGUGUCCCAGCUGCGAUAUGUGGCUAAUGAACUGGACGGAGUGACUGGUGGACCCAACACUGUGGUAGUGAUAGGUAUCUGGUCUCACUUCAGCACUUUUCCCAUGGAGGUCUACUAUCAGCGCAUCAUGACAAUUCGCAAAGCAGCUCUACGUUUGCUAAACCGAGCUCCGGACACUAAAAUCAUCAUCCGAAGUGCCAACAUGAAAGACCUGACCCUAUUCGAGAGUCUGACUAACAGUGACUGGUACUCCCUGAAGAGAGACAAGUUGCUCCGAGCUGUGUUCAGAGAUACCGGGGUGUUUCUGUUGGAUGCCUGGGAGAUGGCACAGGCUCAUUACCUUCCUCAUAACCUUCACCCACAACCGGAAAUCAUCAAACAAAUGAUUGAUGGAGUCCUGUCCUAUACAUGUCCUGGAAAGGGAGACUGAAUACUGUAACAAACACAAAGAAGGAAAUGAGAUGAAUGUACUUGAAUCUAUAGUUUUAAGCCAUUGUGUUUAUUAUAUUUUAAUUAAAGUCUCUAACCAAUAACUUAUUGUUUAUUUUGCUUUUUUCUUUUUUUUUUUACAAUUAAUGUGAUUUUUUUUUUUUUUAAUGCCUAUGAAUUUUAUAUUUUAGUAAUUUCUGUCCAUGCAUGUUUAUUUAGUGUUGGCAAGUAACUAAAUGCAUUAUAAUGUGAUCACAUUUAGCAAUGUUCACUACUUGAAACUUGUAUCUUGAUGCAUUAAUGCUGCUGUUACUAACCUGGGAAUACCAGUGAAAUGCAGACACAUAAAAGGCAUUGUUGCUUGGAGUCAAGGACGGGACUGUGAGCUCCUGCUCCCCUUCACACACACACACAUACACACAUACAGAUACACACUAUAAAAACUGUAAACACAUGUCAGGGCUCUCCCCCUGUCUUUUCUGGAGAGCCCGCAGCUACGCU